GAUGAGGAGGAUGGUCUCUUAAUUUUUUUGAGAUAUUCGAAUGGGGGAAAGAGAAGGGAGAGUAGAAAAAGAGAAAGAAGAGGGAGAAAGAAAUAGAGAUUUUUUUGAGGCGUGUACCCUUUGUAGGCUUAACAUUUUGCUUUCUCAUUUAUCUGUUCCAUUUAUUGAGGUACCUGGCAUGAACAGUCACUGGCUGUUUUCCCCUUCAAAUUUCAGCAUUACUCUUCAGUCUUCACCACAUAUCUUCACAUACCCAUCUCUUCACGACAAAUGAUGAAACCCCAACUGCAUCUGCAUUUCCAUCCCUUCCGCGCCAUCAUAUUAGCCCUACUUUUCUUGAAUUCCAGGAUGAGAAUCUUCCAUGGAGAGGCUUCAGAAACAAUCGGACUGAAUCCGGUGAAAGGCAGCAACUUUGAUGUGAUGAUGAAAAGGGGUUGUGCUGGAAUGACCAGCGAGUGCCCUUCCAUGGCUUUGGUAGAGGAGGAGGAAGAAGAAGAGAUGAAUUCUGAGAGCAAUAGGAGGGCUUUGCUGAUGCGUAAGAAGUACAUUAGCUAUGAAACUCUAAGAAGGGAUAUGGUGCCUUGUGAUAUACCUGGUGCAUCCUAUUACUACUGCAAGGGUCCUGCUAAAGCGAACUCCUACAACAGAGGCUGUGAGAUCAUCACAAGAUGUGCCAGAGAGGUCAAUGGCAUCCAUUCUUGAGCAGCUGUGUUGUAAAGAAAUGAAAUUGGUAAAGUUUUUGGCUUCUUUUCUUGAUUUAUUGUAUUUGUAUAUAAGAAGAUCAAUGGGUAAAUUUUCUAUUCACCUAUUAUUUCAUCUUACAACCCUCAAAUAGUCAAAUGUAAGAAUAGGUACUUUCCACUUUCCAGGUAGUAAUAUAUCGAGAGUUAAUGAUAAUAAUGAAACUGUCAUAAAAUCGAGCCAAAGAUUGAGUUAGAGACCCCCUUGCUGAAUAGGCUGAGGUAACAUUAUUUCAAUAUUUCUAAUAUGAUUCUAAUUGGACAGUUUUAGUGUAAUUCACUAAACAAACUAAAAGAAAGUACUUCGAAUUCAUUUCACUAGUAAAGCCAAUAUGAAUUCAAAAACUGUCAUGCUUAUUCGUGAACAGCUUAAUGUACAGGGCAAUUAUCAAGUAACUUCGAAUGAAUGAACAAAAGCAGCUACUUCUUUCUUGAAACAGAACAUUCUUUUGAUGUUAAUAUUUAUACUGGAGAACCCGGGGUUAACGCCUUGCUUUCGGUCCCCAAAAAGUAAUUACAUGAUACCUUGUUACAUUUGCUUUUGAUUCGAUUGAGUAAUAUUAAUUUUUAGAUGGAUGUUUAAAAUCCUACUGAGUAAAAUUCUAUGAGUAAAAUUCUAUGAGUAAUAUUAUAGAAGCUGGUAAAAUAAAUAUUAUUGCAUUAAAGAAGAAAAAUGUGUUGUUUUCACAAUACUGUAUUCACUUGUUUUCACAAUAUUGUAUAGUGAAUACAAUAUUGUGAAAACAAGUGAAUACAUGUUUUCUUCUAUUCUGAAAUGAAGUAAUUGUUCCCGUCUAUGAUAAUUGAGUAUAUUUUUAAUUGUUCCCUAAUAAUAUCUAAAGUAGUAUAAAUAAUUGAAAUCUUCUUAUUUAAAAACAAUACUGAGUAAUAUUAAAUCGCAAAAUCAAAUACUAGCACUACCAAACAAAACAAUUUUGGCACAAAUUUUUCGAGGAUUGACGUAUUCACAUAUUUUCAUGCCAUUGGAAUUCUAAUCAGCAAACACAGUUACAUACAUUCAGCUAUGACAUAAAUUUGAGCACAGAUUCACUUAUUCUUGCCAAAUUCAUGCCAAAACUAAUGUAUAAGUCUUUUUUCACAAAUAAUAGCACAGUUAAAAUCGAUGCUAGUUCAUGACAAAUUCGUGUCAAGACCGUUUUUUAAAAUUAGAAUAUUAUAAUAGUUAGAACUCAGACUGUUUGCCUUUAUAGUGCAUACCACUGGAAUUCUAAUCAGCAAACACAAUCGCUGCAAGGACGGUUGUGUUAUAGUAAGUUUAUACAUGGGGGAUAUUUGAGAGUUAGAGUAUAAAAAGAUGAACUUCAUGUUUUAGACCUUUCCAAAUGGACUGAGAACGAGGCCUAGAGCUGUCAUAUGUACAUGACUCAAAUAUGAAACUAGUGUACUAGGUUAGAGAUAAAAUUCUUUAAUCAGGACACCUGAACUAAUCAGAGGAGUUUCAGACGAGUCUUGACCCGUGUGUAUUCAGAUCUCCUUAGAGAAGUUACGAGUCCGCCACUUUUCUCGAAAUUCUACUUCCUAUAUUUAUUGCAGUAAAGUUCAGUAUAAUUAUCUAGUUUCUUUGUGUGUGUUUUCGAAUAUGAUUCGUCUAUAUUAUGCUUGUAUGUCAGACUAUUAGAUGGUAGUAUCCCCUUUACUAUAAGGGAUAUGCACAUUUCUUUGGUCUAAACUGUGCAAGAAUGCCUAACAUCUCAAGUCACCAUUAUCUAUGUUUCAUUCAGUCCCAUAGCAUAUGUACAUUGGCUUUACACCUUAAUCACAGGUCUAGUGAAAAUGUGGUUAAGAUUAUCGAUCUUUCGAGCAUGUUCAUGGGGGCCAUGGUUUCAAGGAAUCCCUCUGGCUUUGUAUUUCAGCUUGGAUUAUAGAAUAGAUCUAGUAAUGUCAUGAUUUUUUUAAUGUAAAGUACUUUAUCCAUUUACUUGUUCAAAAACAAAUUAACCAUAUACCUUAUGCUCCCUCCAUUGCAACAAACAAACAGUUUUUUCUUCUUCUAAAAUGCAGUCCCAAAAAUGUCUAAUAAUUUAAUCGAAAUUCUAAAUAAUGAUAUACUCUGCGAUUUAGUGACUAGUUUGGAUAGUGGUGUUUUUCCACUAAAGCGAUCAAUGAAUUGAGUUAUUCAUGUCUUAAUUAGAGUAACUGGUCUUUCGUCUACCUGCGCUAUUUGGCAUCAUGAGCAACUCUUGUAUUACUGAGGUAUUGAAGCAUGAUCUUAUUACAAAUAACUAAUUUUAGUCUCUCAAAAACUGUUCGACCUGGAUAAUUUAAGCUAUGUUCUCUUUUGGAAUGCAGAUAACUAGGGCAAGAAAAUUAGAGAAAAAUGUGAGACAGGAUUGGAAUUGUGAUAUUUUUAGUUCAUUCUCACUAAAUUCUUUUUAAUAAUUCUUAGGUUUCAUUUUGAUUUAUUGUCACAAAAAGGGUUUCAUUUUAAUCUAUUCUUAUGUUUAUAUGUACUCAUCAAAGGUAAAAACUUCUAAAGGAUACCACCAAGUACGAGUGCAGCUCGACUUGCGGGCCGCGAUUCAGAUUUUGAUGUCAGGAGGUGGCCACGUCAUUUUAAAGUACACGAAAAACAAAUGAUUUGGAAAAAGUCGUAGGAAAUUUUCUGGCGUUUACAAUGACAUGCUUCACGGCGACAAUGACACCUAUAAACGACGUGAAAAUCUACUCGUGACAUGGAAAAUCUAGUAGUGAUAUUAGGCUUUCCAAAUAUAUGAUUUUGUUAGUCACAUUUAUUAAAAUUAAAUGACACUUUUUCAUCCAUUACCUACUCUUAGUCUAAUGGAGUUUAGAGCCCGUUUGGUAGCUCAA